AGAAAUAGCCGACGCCCAGCUUUUUCGUCCCGCGCGGGCGACUACGCAUCGAUAAGUGCUGCUGCGCGCAGACCCUGGCACCCCUCGCGACACCACAAGCGCCGCGGAGAUCUGCGCCCCGCGGACAGCCCAUUGGCUCCCCGCCACAUUAUUGUGAUUUUGGCUGCGCAGCGAGAACGACUGCGCCGCGGGCACGGACACGCCCGCAAAACAACCGCCACGCUCGCAAAACAAUGGCCGACUUCACGACGACGCCCGAGGACAUGAAGUCCCUCGUCGCCGAGCUCCAGGCGGCGGGCGCGGCCGCGCAGCAAUUGGAGCGCCAGAAGAACGCGGCGAGCGACUUCAAGCGCCAGUUCGACUGCGCGCCCGGCGCGUUGGCGCUGGUGGUGGGCCACAACGGCCAGCGGCUGCGGGAGAUCGAAGCGUCCACGGGCGCGCGCGUGCGGUGCGCGCAGGACCCCGGGCGGCGGCGCAUCAGAUCUGGUGCUCGCGUUCUCAUCGAGGGCGCGACGCGCGACGCCGUCGAGAGUGCUGCUGCAUUGGUCGAGUCGUCGCUGGAACUCGCGAAGAGCCCGCAGCAGAUCAUAAUUCCUCGAUCCGCAUUGGGACGAGUCAUCGGGCGGAACGGCGAGCGCAUCAAGUCCGUCAUCGAGCGGAGUGGGGCCCAGUGCCGGGUGCAGCAAGAUGUCGAUCCGUGCUUCGUCGAGAUCGCGUCGGAAGACCCGAUGACGUUGCAAGUGGCGCGGGAAAUGGUUUUGAGUUUUCUCGAGAGCGGUUUACAGAGUGGGACGUGGGACCUCGAGGAGGCCUGCCGGGCGAAGGCCGCGGCAACUUUAGCGCCGCACCAAGCUAGGAUGCUGGCGAAUCUGUCGUCGCCCUUGGAUCCCUCACGCGCGGCACUAGCAAGGCAGCCGGUCGGGAGGGAAGUCGUCGCCGAGCAGAUGGUCGACCCCUACAAAUUCGCGGACGCGCAGUGGGCGUGCGCGCGGGACCCCGAGGGGCGGCUCUACUACUACAACGCGAUGACCGGGCAAAGUACGUGGGAGGCGCCGCCGGGGUUUAAGGCUCCUGCUUAAUUAAAAAUCACAC